AUGUCGCCCACGACGUUAUCAUCGGUUGCAAGCUUCAGUGUAAUCGCACUCGCUGCGUACUGUUUCUUCCGUUACUUUCAGUGGGGAAAUAGGUGUACCCGUUCGCUUCCAUUGCCGCCUGGGCCAAGGCCUAUCCCUCUGCUUGGAAAUGUGCAUCAGCUUCCCAUGGAUUUCCCGUACCUGCAGUUCAGGAAAUGGGGACAAAUGUUUGGUGAUGUCUUUUGCCUGAAGGUCUUUCGACGACCUACUCUGGUGAUCAACUCUAUCCAUGUGGCGAAGGAGCUGCUUGCGCAUCGGGGGGCGAAAUACUCUGACAGGUUUUCAUCCCACCUAAUCACAGUUAUGGGUUUUGAGGUUGCCACGGCUUUCCUCGGGUAUGGCGACACAUGGCGUCGGCAUCGCAAACUAAUGCAAGUAGGCCUCGGCGACCAAGACGCGCUAGCUCGCCUUCGCCCUGUCCAGCAGCGGGAGAUAGUUGGCUUACUGUCUCGCCUGUCGCAAGAUCCGGAUGCCUUUGACAGUCACCUCAAGCACUUUACCGCAGCAUUGAUUAUGGGCUCUGCUUACGGGGAAACGGAGGAUGAGAACAUCCUCAGAUACGCAGAGACCAUUCUGCACACCCUUGUCACUGUAAUAACAACUCCAACUGCUGUCGUGCUGGAUUUUCUUCCGUUCUCAAAAUACGUGCCCUCAUGGGUGCUCAGUGGCCUAUUUAACGCGGGACUUCUGAAGACACGGCCGUUGCUGGUUCAUGUCAUGGACUCAGCGUUUGAAGAUGCCCGGACUCGGACGGCAGCGGCACUUGGGAAAGACAAGGCAUCGUUCGUUGCAAUUGCCACGGAGGCGCAAACAUUGAAGUCAGAUACCAACUCGGAUAAUGAUAUCAAGGUGGCAGCCUUCACGAUGUUCAUCGGUCAGUCAAAUUCCCGCUCGUUCUCUGCCAUAACACUAAAUUCAUUCCUCGUUCAAAUGGUGACUCAUCAAGACGUGUAUGCGAAGGCACAGCGGAGCAUCGAUGAGGUUGUAGGCAAAGAAAGACUUCCUGACCUCAGCGACAGGAAUUCAUUGCCCUAUGUGGACGCGAUUCUCAAGGAAGUCUAUCGGUUGAUCAACCUAGGCAUCCCACGACGUCUCAUGGACGACGAUGAGUAUCGCGGAUAUCACAUUCCGAAAGGAACAUCGGUCAUAGCUAACAUUUGGCAAAUGGGGCGUGAUAGUAACUACUAUAAGGAUCCCGACACAUUCAACCCGGACCGAUUCAUCGACCCCAAGCCCGGGUCCCUUGUAGAGCUUGAUCCACGUGAAUAUAUAUUCUCAUUCGGACGACGGAUCUGUCCUGGACAGCGCUUUGGGGACGAUAGCAUGUGGUGGACGAUAGCGAGUAUCAUUGCCACUUUCAAUGUGAAGAAGGCUCUGGACGCAGAUGGCAAAAAAAUAACGCCUUCUAUGACCGUCUUACCGGGCUUGACUAGCCACAUUCAACAAUUCCCGUGCUCAAUCCAACCUCGCUCUCAACGGGCUCUUGAGCUGAUCGCAGAGAGUGCGAUUCAUUUAGAGUAG